UUUUUUGCCCCCCCAAUCUCCAUAAAUAAUUGGCUGGGUGAUCGUCAAACAAACUUGUCCUUGCAUUUGCCGUGACAUCCAAGAUUUCGCCGAGGCGGUCCCCCCAAGUCUUGUCUACUGCUGGCAAAAGCUUAGCGUAUAACCUGUGGCGUUGAUUCGUUGUGAAGCCGACAUCCGACCCCCAAAAUCUCCAAUUACUUUUUCCUCUUUGAACCCACCAAGCUUUGGAGGUUGUUCAAUCACGCGAUAAGACCUCCUACCCCCAGCACCCGCGACUCGGUGUCCAUUGGUGUGUAAGAAAUGCACCGUAUUCGCAGAUGGGCGCGAGAAAAAGCCCAUGGCCGAGCCCCUUCGACUACCGAAUUUCACAAGCAGCCAUCCCGGCAGGGCACCACUGCAUCCGGAUCCCGAUCAGUUGCGCCCAGUACUCGCUCCUCGGGUAUAACAGCCGGUGGAAAUAAUUUCAACAGCACUCGCGAUGAUGCCGCGACCAAUACCCUCGAUCCCUCGCCGUCAGCCCUAGACGGCGGCGGCAUCCAAGGCGCCAAGCCUAAAGAUGACUACAAACAAAAAAAUGUGGCCGCGCGCUUCGGAAUCACACUCAAGGACAUUUUGUUUUCAAACUACUUGAAUGUGCUUCUCAUUUUUGUGCCCGUCGGCAUUGCGGCGCGCUUUGCACAUUUGUCUGGCGGCAUCAUUUUUGCCAUGAACGCCAUCGCAAUCGUGCCCUUGGCUGGACUGUUGUCCCAUGCGACCGAGAGUGUCGCACGUAGACUUGGCGACACCGUGGGCGCGUUGCUAAAUGUCACCUUUGGCAACGCCGUUGAGCUGAUCAUUUUUAUCAUUGCUCUUGUAAAGAAUGAGAUCCGAAUUGUGCAGGCCUCACUGUUGGGGUCAAUCCUAGCCAAUCUACUAUUGAUUCUGGGCAUGUGUUUUCUACUCGGUGGCCUGCGCUUCCGAGAGCAGAUUUACAACUCAACAGUUACCCAGAUGAGCUCCUGCUUGCUGAGUCUGGCUGUCAUGAGCUUGUUGCUCCCAACGGCAUUCCACGCCAGCUUUAGCAACACGGAUCUUGCAGACGACAAAGUUCUGCAGGUAUCUCGAGGUACCAGUGUAAUCCUGCUGUUGGUGUACGCCCUUUAUCUUGUGUUCCAGUUGAGAUCACAUGCGUACAUGUACGAAUCCACACCUCAGCAUAUCAUUGAUCAGGAGAUGGUACCCGGGCCAGCGGCGAACUAUUUCAAUUCUUCAAGUUCCGAUUCUUCGAGCUCCUCAUCCUCCGACUCGGACUCUUCAGGCCGUUCACGCAGCACAGCCAAACGUAUCAAGAGGAAAAUCAGGCGAGCCACUACCAGGAAGCAUAGUAUAUCUUCCCAGAGUACUGGCCCAUCCGCUGAAGGUUCCUCUACUGUGGAAAAGGUUACCAGUCCAGACGAGCCAGUUUCGGCUCAACCGUCACCGGAAAUUGUAAUGGUUCCGUCUGAACUUGUAGAUACAGUUCCGGCUGAUGACGAGGGAGAGGGAGGUUCAGGCGCAGAACGUCAGCUCAAGAAGGAUCGCAAAAAAAGGAAGCACCACAAACGUCGCCGGUCCAAUGGCGCGGUAUCUUCCGAGAAUAAUGAGCAGCAAAAGUCGGUCGCCACGCCAAAUCUUAACCCAGGAAUUGCAGAUACCGAUGGAGAGCCACGUCGCGUAGAUUUCGCCGUUUCGCCCAGCAUUGAGGCUCAGACGGAAACACCACAGCGACCGUUUCUCCUUAGAGCUUUGCGACCGACACUGCCCAAGACCAUGUCACAGAAUGUCUUUUCACAGCCUCCGCGGCCGCAACAUCCGCCAACGGUCGGUCCCACGGCGGCCUCAUCUAACGGCCAGGGCCAUCGGGGACCCCGGCGUGCAUCAUCUCUGCCGAACUUUGAACAGACGCAACGUCUGGCACCUGGUGCUAUCCCACCCAUAAUCCCUAUCAUUGUCAACAGUCAUCAACGGAACCAGGUGACGGGCGAUGACAGUGGCGGCACGGGCAAGCCUGAAGACGACGAGGAUGAGCACAAUGAUAUUUCGCGAACCACUGCCGUUGUGCUCCUGCUCGUCUCGACGGGUCUGGUCGCAUUGUGCGCCGAAUUCAUGGUAGACGCCAUCAAUGAUGUGGUGCACGAGGGAUCAGCCGUGUCGGAGGCCUUUAUCGGCCUUAUCCUCCUACCUAUCGUGGGCAAUGCGGCCGAACAUACCACAGCUGUGACGGUGGCAAUGAAGAACAAGAUGGAUCUGGCAAUCGGCGUGGCCUUGGGCAGCUCGAUUCAAAUCGCAAUCUUCAUUACACCGCUCGUCGUCAUCCUGGGAUGGUGCAUGGGGAAGGAGAUGUCGCUAUACUUUACGCUGUUCGAGACGGUCAGCAUGUUUGUGAGCGCGUUCAUCGUCAACUUCCUCGUGCUCGACGGGCGGAGUAAUUAUCUGGAGGGUGCUUUGUUAUGUUGCGCGUAUGUCAUCAUUGCGGUUGCCGCCUUCUUUUAUCCGAAUGCUGAGGCGGCCAAUCUGCUAGGCGGUGGCAGCAGCGACUCACACAAUGCGACGACGACGACGACGGCUGCGGCGGUAACAGCCGCAGCUACAGUGGCUGGACGUGCGGUUUUGGAGACCGCGGCGGCCUUUAUAGGGACCUCAUGACAGGAAAAUUCACUUGUCUUGGUACUUGGGCGGGAAAAGUAGGCUCUUAUGCUCUUGAGGAUUCUUGGGGGCAAAUUCGAUGCUUUUUACCCCUGCUUUGUAUUCUUUUCUCUUAUUUGUAACAAAUUUGAACAAAAAAAAAGGCUUGAGAUUGGCCCUUUUUAAAUUGCGCUGAGAAGAUUAAGGAUGAUUAUUCUGGCACAUUUGUUUUGUUAGAUGGCACCGUACAUGCAAUGCAACUCCUGCCAGUUAGGAGAUGGAAAUACAUAUUCGCGAUGAUUUGUCAAUGGAAACUACCAAGCCAUUUCGAGCACUUGUUUCGGGAGAUUGCGUUAAUUGUGGUGAUCUGAUUGCGAAUCAUA